AUGCUUCGUUAUCAUCCAGUUAUUGCUUUCAAAAAAACUGAUGAAAUAAUUAAACAUAUUGCUAAUUGUGCUGAGGGACAAGAGACAUAUUAUUCAGAAGAAAAAAAAAGAAAAUUUGAUAUCGAUGACAAUAAUUGUGAAAAUUUUACUAACAGAUGCGUGCUUGGUAAUAAAUACGGAACUACUAGAACAACGGAACUAAACAUUGAGGAACAAUUAAAUAAUACCAAAAGUGAUUUAGAUGAAAAUGUAGACGAGGCAGUGGUUACGAAAUUCCUAGUGCCAUGA